AUGUACGCGUUCGCACCAGAACGACUUAUUUUUCCGAUCGGACUCAAUCUAGAGGAUACGCUCAACAUUCAACAAUUGUACGGUGGAACAUUGGCAGCGACGACUACGCGGCCGUCGUCAGUGACGACCCCUGCCACGAGAGAAAAUGACGACAACGACGACGACAACGACGAGGCAGAUGUGUGCGCCCUGCGUCGCAUAAAUGUCCUAGUGAUAAUCAACAAACAAAUAUUUAUCGCCAGUGGUCGUCGCGUGUGGUCGAUCGAUAUGAAUGGCAAAUCCUAUCAGAAAUCGAUACUGAUCAAGGGAUAUUUGAAAUUUCUUUUGGAAAAUUUGACUACUUUUUCGGCAGCUUAUCAAAAACCUUCGGGGUAUAUCGUUCUGUUCGCCGAUAAUAGGCGGUCGUUCACCGAUUUCGGACUGCCGACAAACGCGAAGAUCAAGGCGGCGAUAAACACUUACAGAGGACAGAGUUUCGUUAUCUAUAACGUAGUGGGCGAAAUCGACGAUUGCGCCACCACCAGAAUCGUCAGACAUAAUCUUCAGACGAUAUUUCCCGGAUUACCUCAGGAUAUCUCCUCGGCCUUUCGUUACGUCGACGGUCAUCUGUACUUCUUCGGCAAGAAACAAUACAACCGAUACAACGAAUUCAACGAAAGCAUCGUAUAG